CUCCCGCAGAGCGAUGCUGCGGAGAGUGCCCGGCGCGUCCCUCGCCCUGCUCCUCUGGGUAACAGCCGCUUGCGGCAACCCCGCCGGGCCCGGGGCUGCUGCCGCAGCUGCCGCCCGCAGGCAGGACGAGGCUUUCGCCACCGCCCGAUGCACCUCCAGGUGUCUGAGCCUCCAGAUCACCCGCAUCUCCGCCUUCUUCAAGCAUUUCCAGAACAAUGGGUCGCUUGCUUGGUGCCAGAAUCAUAAACAGUGUUCAAAGUGCCUGGAGCCCUGCAAAGAGUCCUGGGACCUCAAGAAAAACCAUUGCCAAAGCUUCUGUGAGCCUCUUUUCCCCAAGAAGAAUUAUGAAUGCCUAACAAGCUGUGAAUUCCUUAAGUACAUCCUUUCUGUGAAGCAAGGGGACUGCCCGGCACCUGAGAAGGCCAGUGGUUUUGCAGCUGCCUGUGUUGAAAGCUGUGAAACUGAUAGUGAAUGUUCUGGAGUGAAGAAAUGCUGUUCCAAUGGAUGUGGUCAUACGUGCCAAAUUCCAAAAAAUCUGUACAAAGGUGUUCCACUGAAACCACGGAAAGAAUUAAAAUUCACAGAACUUCAGUCUGGAGAGCUGGAGGUGAAGUGGUCUUCAAAAUUCAAUAUUUCCAUUGAGCCUGUGAUCUAUGUUGUUCAAAGGAGGUGGAAUCAAGGAAUCCAUCCCAGUGAGGAUGAUGCUACUAACUGGCAAACUGUGGCACAGACUACGGACGAGCGGAUUCGGCUGCCUGACAUCCGAGCGAGCAGGUGGUACCAGUUCCGCGUGGCAGCUGUGAAUGUGCAUGGGACGAGAGGCUUCACAGCACCCAGCAAGCACUUCCGAUCCUCGAAAGAUCCAUCUGCACCACCAGCUCCAUCUAAUAUCAAAAUUGCCAAUAUCAGUGCAAGCAACGAUGGGACUGUAAAUGUAGUGAUUACUUGGGACCUUCCAGAAGAGCCUGAUAUCCCAGUGCACCACUACAAAGUCUUCUGGAGCUGGACAUACAGCAAAUAUGUAAUCCCAGCUAAAAAAAAGAGAAGGAAGAUUACUGAUGGGGCCCAAAAUUAUGUGGUUCUGGAGGGCCUCCAACCCAACAGCAACUACAAUGUAGAACUGCAGGCAGUAACACGUUGGGGUCAGAUACGCCUAAAAAGUGCUAAGGUUUCUCUCCAUUUUAGUACAACUCAGGACAUCAGGAAUAAUAAGGAGCUGACAUCAACUGCUGGAAAACCUCAGAAAGGUCUGGUAGAUCUUUACCCAACAUUUCAAAGAAGAAAAACUACCCGUUUUCUUAAGAUUGGGGCUCCUUUCUAUCAGGACAAUCAACUUCAGGUCAAAGUAUACUGGAAGAAGACAGAUAUCAGCAUGAAUCAAUUCCAAGUCCACUGGUUACUCGAGUCCUGUGCACACAAUGACACCAAAGGACCUGGAAAAGUAACUGAGCUGACUUAUGAAAACUACAUGAUUCUGAAGGAUCUGUCAUUUUCAUGCAAAUAUAAAGUCACUGUUUUGCCUGCAAAAUCUAAAGGCCGUUUUAAGGCUGAGAGUAUUUUCUUUGUUACCCCAUCUUGCUCUGCAUUUAAAGAAAAAAGCCACAAGCACAUUAAUUGUCCUGCUGAAGGAGUGCCAGUUCUACCCAAAGUGUUGGCCAAACCCGAGAAUCUAUCUGCGUCUUUCAUUGUCCAGGAAGGUAACAUCACUGGUCAUUUUUCCUGGAAGAUAUCUAAGGCAGAUCUUCACCAGCCUAUGACAGGGUUUCAAGUCACCUGGGCAGAAGUAACCACAGAAAGCCGUCAGAACAGCUUACCCAACAGCAUCAUUUCGCAGUCACAGAUACUGCCAGCAGACCAUUAUGUACUUACCGUGCCCAAUCUGAGACCAUCAAUGCUGUAUCGCUUAGAAGUUCAAGUGCUGACAACUGGUGGGGAAGGGCCAGCUACGAUAAAGUCAUUCCGAACACCCGACCUUCCUCCAUUUUUACCCCACAGACCUCAUCUGAAGCAACAUCAUCCACAUCACUACAAGCCAUCCCCAGAAAAAUAUUAGACUGUUUCAGAUGAUUCUGCAAAUAACAGAGAGAAAAACUGAGAUCCCAAAUGGAGGGUGGGAAAAAGAGACAUCUGAAGGAGCAAUGAACCCAGUUUUCCAGGGGAAGUUACCAUCCUAUACAAUCUAUAGCUACUUCUCUGUAGUUUAGCCAUGACAAAUUGCAUUUGCACCAAGGCCAGGAUGAAACAUACAGCAAGUAUCAUUUCAAGUAAUAGUACCAGCACUAUUUAACAAGCUGAAGAUCUCAUCCAACUCAACACCUGUGAAAAAAUAAAAAGUGUGUUCUUUAUAAUUUUUUUGUACUUCAAUGUUUAAAGUAGAUUGAAAUGGUGCAGUGUAUACAGCUUUUCCUUUGAGUGACUACAAUGUUAAUAUUUGCAAGGUCAUCUUGUGAUGUAUACAUACUUCUGAACACUGAAGACUAUGUUCUCAUCAGUGUGUUUAUCAAUUUUACUUCAAGCUCUGCCUGCCCCCUGUCUGAGCCCGAGUGUAAUUUGCUAUUAUAGAAGAUCUUUGUGUGUCUGAAAUAAGGACAUAAGUAAAAUAACCACCAGUAACAGAAACCUUAAAAUAGUAUUUAAUAACUGGUGUAUCACCAGAGAGGUGGAUGAAAAUACAUUUGUAUCAACCAUCUAUUCUGAAGUGGUAAUGUUUUAGCAUGUAGGUCUUCUAUAAACAUAGUUAACAGCAAAAAAAAAUAUGCAGGGUAGAAGUACCAUUGUAAAGAAACAAAUUACAAUUAUUGGAAUUGUUGAAAAUCUAUAGCAGUUGAUAGGGCCUGAAAGAAUGAUGUUUUAAAUCCCAGUUACAAGAUUUUGAUAUAUAAUAUUUCAAGGUAUAAUAUUAUAUCUUGUAAAGAAACACCUAUUUUCUAGUUUAAAAGCUGAAUAGUUAAUAUGGACAUUUUAGAAAUUAAAGUUCUGAAGCACUUUUAUUAUUCAAGUAGCCAUAGAACUACUUUUUGGUUUUGGCUUUUGAUGCACGUAUCUCUUUUUCCCCAUGGAUCUUUUGAGCAGAAGGAUGGAUGUUUUGGCUUCAUGCUAUUCUGCUUACAGAAGGAAUUGUGUGACGAUUAUCUGGCAUCUGGAAAACAUUGGCUUAUAGUUUAUUUGAAUGCAUUUCUCAAAUUUAGACAGAAGGGUGCCCUUUUUAACUAUAAGGGAAUUCAUAUUGCCUUUAUGCUCAAUAUAAACUGUCUAGAAUUAUUUGCCACACCUAAAGACACCCUUCAAUAUUAAACAGAAACUGCUUUUAUAUAUUAUCAAGAGCGUGGAAAGUAUCUGCCAAUAAACAUGAAUACAGAUACUCAUUAUUAGCUUCUCAAGAUGUUUGAAGUGCUGCUGCAUUCUUUGGCACAGUUUCCUUGGCUCCCUGAAUCAUCAUAUGAUGACACUAAUGGAGCUCAAACAGUUAGUAGUCAAAUUUGACAAGGUGGCCACUUUUUCUUCCAGUAGAUGCUAUAGUCUCCCCUGUACUUCAUAUUUGCCUGACAUACUCAGUGACAGAAUCUCAGACAUUAGCGGUAAAUAUAUUUUCCUUCUCUUGAUAACAGACUGUUUUGUGGAAAAUAAAUAUGGAGAAGAGUAACACAUACCUGAAACCAAGGAUCAGAGUAAUGUUUAUUGUAGUAGAGCAUUCACAAAUGCAGUUUUUCUACACUGAAGUUUAUAUCUUUUUGUUUCAUGUGGGUUGAUACUACUAGGGGUGAAGGAAAUGGAAUUAAUUUCUGAUCACUUGCUCAUUUCAGCUUUCCUACCUUUCUACCUUUGGUGUCAAAAGGCUCUUUUUUGCCAUGCUCUUUCUACUUUCCUUGUUGUCUUUUUCAAUAUGCACUCAGUGACGGAAAACUUUUUGAGAAAAUUUCUAUUGCUACAUGGUUUGGGCCUUUAACAGUAAUUUUAAAUAUAUGAAAUGCUAUGGUGCUUUUAAUUCCUUCCUCUACCACACUGUCAUUUCCCCUUUUCCAAAAUACAUUAGUAAAUAAAAAGAUGAGCUCUUCUUCAUACAAUCUGUAGUAUAAAGGUUUAUUUUCAAUUUUGGCAGAAGGCUAGCAUCUCAGAGACUUAUGUCAGGAUAGAAAUGUUUUUUUUUGUGUACAAAUCUUUACACAAUUUGAACCAGACUGGCAUGCAGCACUGCUUCAGCAUUUAGAUUGCACAGGGCAUCAGUAAGGCUAGAAGUGAUCUCCAUGGUGUUUGCUGAGAGCAGGAGUCAGGGAAAGUAAUUACUACAGAUUUCUCUGAAAACUCCUGUCCCAGCGUUUCAAUCACAGCCUAUUCUAGUUACACUGGAACAAAUCUGUAGUGAUUUGAUUAAUGUUAAUGAAAUCAUGUUUUGUUCAUAGUGGCAUGGUAAAGCAUAGAACAUGGAUGUCGGUCUUUAUUACAAUUAUGCUAAAUCUGGCUUGGAGAUAAACUGGAAGCUAGUAGCCCUGAGUGAUCAUACCCUUGGUCUUGGUUCCUGAGGGGAAGCCUCAUUCUUCUGAAAGGAAUCAAAAUAGUUACUGUUUGCUGAUGCCAGUCUUUUUGAAGCAUUCAACUUCUAGAAGUAAUAAUACAAAAAAUAUGGAGAGAUUUUCCAUUUUAAAGUCGAUUCUGGAAACAAACAGAAAUUUUAUAAAGUAGAAUUGUAUUGAGCAAGUGUAUUAUAUGUAGUCCAGUAAGAUGUAAAUUAAUUUUUUCCUUCUACAAAUCAGCUUAUCAACUCACCUUUCAAGUCACCCUCCAAAUCAAAAAUGGAAAAUACAAGGUCGACAAAGCUCAUGCAUGUAUUAUGAAUUCCCAACUAUGAGUUAUUUCCUGCUUAUUCUUUUAAUUUAGCAGUACAGAUUUGAAGUUGUUAGUGCCUAAUUCAUAAAGCCUUGUUUGCUGAAUUGUACAGGGUAUUGUCCUAAUUUACUAGUGUCACACUAAACAUCUAAUUCAGCAAUAUAAUUGUAAUCCACUCUUUGAUUCCAUAGUUAAAGAUUUAUUUUCUCUAAUGAUGUUGUGUAAUACAGAGUUAAUAUAGAUAUUGAGAUGUUUUUCAAUACUCUGCACCUUUAAACUAAUGUAUUGUUUGCUAUGUACGAUUCUGAUGGAUUUGUCAGUUGGCUUCAGGAUGCAUUUUAUCUAUUUCUUAAAGGAGAAUUUUAAGAAUGUGCCAUUUUUGCUAGCUGCUUUGUGAAGUGGAUUUUAUUGUUCAUCGGUGCUUUUUGUUUAAGAGAAUGUUUUGUUCUUAUUGUACCUUUUGUGACCAUUUUUGAGUUGUUUAUAGAGCAGGAGAAAUUCAAAUAAGACAGAGCUUGUGAUGUACUACAAUGUGUAUUAUCCUGAAUAUUCAUUAAGAAUAUAUCACAUAGACAAUAAAUAAGAGGUCUGACUUCUGAAAUGCUGAACGUCCUACACUUAGUGGCUUAAGAAAGAGCUGAGGACAUGGUAUGACAAUGCUAAAAUUGACAUUAAUGUUUGACAUGAUCACACACAAAAUCAAAGAAAUAGUCUUUGCUAACAUGAAUGGGAAUUUUGACAUUGGCAUUAGCAGAACUGAAUAGAAAUCUAAAUAGUGAGUCAAUUUAUUCCACUAUACUUUGAUCUCCAUGCUCCCAACUGGAGUCAGGGAGAGUUUCAGAUAAGCAGGCCCUGAUUCAUGAAGUCAUGCAGAAGGGGAAACUUGCAUAUGCAUAAAAGAAGUCAGUGGGGUGGAAGUGAAACUUUGCAGUUAAGAAUGAGCUUUAGUGAGGUCUCAAAUAAAGCGUGGAUGUCAAAAUUUGCUUAAAUACUGUCUUAAAUCAGGGCCUUAUAAAACAAAAUAUGGGACCCAGAGAGUUCUAAAUUCUGUGUACACCACAAUAGAAAAUAAAUAAAUAUUUUUGUCUUGUGUAUAUGUAAAUGUAGUUGUGAUAUUGACUUAUUUAUUAAUUCAUUUUCUUAUACUAUGUGCCAAGUAUAUUCCUACCCUUUCAAUCAGUACCUGUGAAUAUCAGUUACUAAAAAUAUUGUUUAUGCAAAUUUGUGCACUGUAACCAGGAAUAUGAUGCUAAUAAGAUUUUGCAUGUAGUUUUAAAUAAUUAAGAAAUCCUUGUAUUUAAAAAAUGUAAAUGGAUACCUUCAGAUGUUGAUGAUUAUAUAUGGUUUUGCAUGCCAAAACUCAUUGUUCAGUUGUGGGCAUGAAAUGUAACGACUGUAUUACCUCUACUGAAGAUAUUAGUAAGGUACAAUUUACCAAGCAAUUAACAGAGCUCUAUAAGUAUUUUUUUUUCCUUUUUACUUAAUUAUGUUGUAGUAGAGGUAACAGAACUGCUUCUUUGUUACCCAGACUGGCUGUAGAAAUUAUGUUCCUAUAACACUCAUUUAAAGUCAAUAUUUAUUUAUGUAUGUAAUACAA